GGGUGGUGGUGGUGGUGGUGGUGGCGAUGGAGUUGCCGGAAUGCCCAGUCUGCUUACAGAACUACGACGGAGACGCCACAAUUCCUCGGGUACUCGCUUGCGGUCAUUCGGUUUGCGAGGCUUGUCUCGUCAAGCUUCCCCAACGCUACCCUCAAACCAUUCGUUGCCCUGCUUGUACCCAACUCGUCAAGUUCCCUCCUCAAGGUCCUUCUGUUCUUCCCAAGAACAUCGAUCUCCUCUCUCUUUGUAUCUCCCAAAACCCUAUCCCUAAUUCUAUUACCUCCAGCGACACCCGAAAGUUUCCCCUCGAACAUCGCUUCUUUGACUUUUUGCCUCGGUUUUGGUCCGAUGAGUUUUGCUCCGCAUGGAAGGACUGGAUCCUCCCCGAAGAAGCCGUUUUGGUGGAUGAUGAAGAAAAAGGAGGUUCUGUUUCUGUGUUUGGUGGGAGAAUUGAUGAUACUGCUGUGUCUUCUUCUUUGUGUAUUAGUCGGUUUUGUUUUGGUAAGGAUCAGAGGGUGAGUCUUGUUCGGGUUGUUUCUUUGCCUGGUUUGGAUGAUUCGAACUUGAAACUUAGUUAUGUUGUGCGAGUUAUGACAUGCUUGAGUGGAAUGACAGAGGAGCAGAGAGACGAAUUGGGUUUGAUUCUCAGAGCUUCCUUGAGGCAAUGUAGAAGGAUGAGUAAAGUUUAUGGCUUGUGGGGAAACUCGGAUGAUGGGUUUUUGUAUAUUGUGAGUGAGGGACUGAAUGGAAGUUUUGGGGAGAAAUUUGGGAACUUGAGAAAUGAAUUUGACUCUGAUAAUGGGAAUGGUCUGAGUAAAGAUGGGGUGUGUGCUUUUGCAUUGAUUGGCAUUGAAUUUAUUGAAUCACUACUUAGUUUGCACUCAGAAGGUUUCAUUGCAGGUUGUGUUGGUCUUUCGUGCUUUAGCUUUGAUGAUUUUGGUCAUGCAUAUGUAGACGUGAAUGGGGUUUUGGUGAUGGGGAGGAAGAUUCGUAAGACCAUUGCUGUCGAAGAAUUGGGUGUGGCUAUUAGCAAUCUGUUGGAAGAUAAUACAUUCGUGAGUCCAGAGUUAUUGGUUGAAUUGCUGCACAGUGAGGGUAUUCCUGAGUCUAGAUAUUCAAUUAGAUGUAGUUCAGAUACAUGGUCAUUAGCUUGUCUUUUGCUGGGACUUCUUAUUGGAAAAGCAGUCACUGAGGAGUUCCCUAAGAUGAUUGAAGAAAAUGAUUCUGAUUAUUUGAGACUCUAUUCAAGUUGGACUGAAAGAGUUCGUUCCUUGUUGGAUAUUCAAUUGGCUUCGGAAUAUGCAGGACUGAAGGAUAUACUCUUGAAAUGCUUGGUUUAUGAUCCAGAAUGUCGCCCACUCUUGACUGAAGUGAGAAAAUGCAUUAAGGAACUGAUAGUUAAACCUCAAUUUGAUAUGGCCAGUUUGGAUUUGGAUGGGGAAGUUUGUGUUGGCAGCAGUCGCUGCUUAUUUUUAGGGCAAAUGUGUCAGCUUCCCAAGGAAAUGCCAACAGAAGACAACUUGCAGGGAAGAAAAGUGGAUGGUGAGGGAGAUUUUGGUCCAGUAAAGCAGGAGAGAGCUGAUAAGAAUUUUCUUCAUGGCCUUUCUGAGGGAUUGAUCAAGUUUAAAGAUCUGCAGGGACAUCGUGACUGUAUCACAGGAAUAGCUGUGGGAGGCGGUUUUCUUUUUACCUCCUCAUUUGAUAAAACUAUUCGUGUAUGGUCUUUACAGGACUUUUCUUACGUCCAUACAUUUGAGGGCCAUGAACAUAAAGUUAUGGCUAUAGUUUAUGUGGAUCAAGAACAACCAUUGUGCAUAAGUGGUGAUAGUGGAGGUGGAAUAUUUGUAUGGAGUAUCAGUGCCACACUUGCGCAAGAACCAUUAAAAAAAUGGUAUGAGCAGAAGGAUUGGCGCUAUAGUGGUAUACAUGCCUUGUGCUUUUCAAGACAUGGAUAUGUUUAUAGUGGAAGCGGAGACAAGUCAAUUAAAGCAUGGUCAUUACAGGAUGGCUCCCUGCAAUGCACUAUGAAUGGUCAUACAUCAGUAGUUUCCACUCUCACAAUAUGUGACGAGGUUCUCUACAGUGGUAGUUGGGAUGGUACCAUCAGAUUAUGGAGUCUUAGUGAUCACACUGCUUUAGCUGUACUGGAGGAAGACUCAUCUGCACUGGUCUCCAUCUUGUCUCUAGCUGUUGACAGGCACAACCUUGUUGCAGCUUUUGAAAAUGGAAGCAUAAAGGUUUGGAGGAACGAGGCAUUUAUGAAAUCAAUGCAACUGCAUGAAGGUGCCAUUUUUGCUACUGGAAUGGAAGGAAAAUGGCUGUUUACUGGUGGCUGGGACAAAACUAUUAAUAUACAGGAAAUCUCUGGGGAUGAAUUUCAUGUAAAUCCCAGACACAUUGGAUCCAUUCCCUGCAAUUCUGUCAUAACUGCUUUAUUAUUUUGGCAAGGAAAACUUUUUGUCGGAUAUGUUGAUAGGCUUGUUAAGGUUUACUAUUGUGGAAAAUGAGUCAAUCCUGGCCAACGAAUAGGGUUUACUUCCUUGCUGCAUCAAGUGCCUGGCCAACUCUCUCGUCUUGUCUUGUUUAUGAGGUUCUUUAUUGUGGUAGCCAUUGGAAUGAGCAUUAUGCAACUGAAGAAUGGUACGCAUUGGAAUUCGGCUAAAUCAGAGCUUUUCAUACUUGUAAGUAAACAAAAUUUGUUCAUACAGCAAACAAAUUCUUAUCAAAGAAUAUAAAAGUGUGAAAUUGUAAAUGUAACAAACUAAGACAAAUUACUCUAAUUUGUGAUAAUAAAUGAAUGGUUUCCUCUCGUUAUAUCUUUA